AUGGAUGACGACGAUUACCUCCGCGACCUGAUGCGCGGCGGUGGGUCCGAUUCCGACGACGACUCGGAGGACGGGCGGCCGGCGCCGGGAGCGAGCGCGCGAGGCGGGGGGGUCGAAGAGGGAGCGUUCGCAGCGCUCGCGUUGGGCGGCGUCCAUGGGAGCGAGUCGUCGUCGUCGUCGUCGUCGUCGUCGCCGUCGGAUUCGGACGCGGACGUCGAGGGAGGCGACGCCUCGGGGUCGGGAUCGGGCCCCGAGGACGCCGCGGAAAACGGCUGGACGUGGUCCACCGGCGCGGCGCCGGGCGCCACCCUCGCGCGGGGCGCCACCGCGAAGAAGAAGAAGCCCAUCCUCAUGCCCGGCGAGAAGCGCUCGCUGAAGAAGCGACACAUGGCGGAACUGCGCGCCGCGCGCGCGGAGGUCCGCAACGGAUGGACACCUCAGGAUGUCAAGCGCGAGCUCGAGUCCAUGGUCGCCGCGGGGCGACGCGAGUGGACCCCCCCGGGCGGGGGCGUGCGAGCCGCGGAUGCCAAGAUAAUCAGGAAACUCGCGAGAUGCUAUCCGAACCUUCGAUGCGACUCUGAGACGAGCGCGGCGUCCGGGCGGAAGAAACGGGCGUACGUCCGGGUGGUGAACCUCGCGCACCCGGUCAAUCACGGCGGGGCGGAGGUGGACGCCGAGCGCGGAGCGUUUUCGGGGCGGGGACGCGCGCUCGGCGGCGGCGGCGACGGCGGCGACGAUGGCAAUCUCGGCUCGGCAAUCUCGGAGAUUAACCCCGCCGCGUCCGCGCGCGCCGCGGAGAUCGCCGCGCCCGUCCCGACGCGCGAGAAGUUCCUCGCCGAUCCCGUCCGACUCGCCAGGCUCGCGCGGUUCCUCGGGCGGGGCCGCGUCGAGGGCACAGCCGGCGAGGGCACGGCUGUGUCGGGAGCGGCUGCGUCGGGCCCGUCGCGGCGCGGGGCGGGGCGGGGCGGGGUCGACGGCCGCGGGAACCGGACGCGGGGGCGCCUCGCGGGCCACGCGCCGGUGUUCAGCAGCGCGGGGAUCGUCGACGGGAUCGGCGGCGGCGUCGCUCGGGCGGCUGCGGAGGAGGAGGAGGACGGGGAGGACGACGACGCGAUGGACGUAGCCGGGGGCGUAUCGGGCAUGGAACGGGCGCCGCGUCAUCCGAGCUCCUACGCCGCGGACUUCGGCGCGUUCGAGGCGCACACCACGGGUUUCGGGUCGAGGUUGAUGCGUCGGAUGGGGUACGUCGAGGGCGGGGGGUUGGGACCGAAUGGACGGGGCAUAUCAGAGCCGGUGUCGCAGUCGCGCAGGCCGAAAAACCUGGGCCUCGGCGCGACGGGCGCGGGGUGA